CCACUUUUUGGAAGCGGAAGAUGGAGACCUGUGUUCGCCUCUCGCCGUAAACUGGCAGCCUUUCCGCUCUGAGCUCCAUAUUUGUGAUCUGCAGCCACCAUGACGCGCUGCGGCGAACAGCAGCUGCUGCAGCGGCGGCUGUGAGGAGCUUCUCCCGCAGGCGGACAUGGAGCGCUCGGUAAACAGCGCUCCAACAUCGAGCCGACAUGUGUUGAUCCGUCCACUUAUGGCGAACUGCUGAAAGGUGUCUCUGCUGCCAUGGAGGUGGGGAGCCUCCCCGUGGAGCUGUGGAGAGUCAUCCUGGCCUACCUCCCCCUCCCUGACCUGGGCCGCUGCUGCCAGGUGUGUCGUGCCUGGAGGGAGCUCAUCUUCUCCCUUGAUAACACCCGCUGGAGGCAGCUCUGCCUGGGUUGUCCUGAGUGUCGGCAUCCCAACUGGCCCAGUCAGCCCCACCUGGAGCCCCCAUCCUGGAGGGAGGCCCUGAAACAGCACGCCCUCGCCACCCGCACCUGGACCCGAAACGGGCAGGAGCUGCAGUCUUCCGCCUGCCUGCUCUUUUUCCGUAGACGAAAAGACCGCCGGGUUUUGCAUGUGGGCCCCGGGUGCGAGUUUGAGACCCUGCGUGGGGCUCUUGGAGCGGUGGGGCCUUACGAUCGUGUGGUGCUCCAUCCAGGGGUGUAUGAGGAGCAAGCUGAGCUGGUGCUGAAAGUCCCCGUGGAGCUGGUUGGCGUCGGGCGGCUGGGUGAGGUGGCCCUCCUGGUUUGCAUUGAGCAGCAGUGCCCAACUGCCCGGCUCUGUAACCUGGUGUUUAUGCCACCCUGGUUCUCCACUGUUGUCUACAAGACAUCAUGGGGUCACGUUCAACUAGAUAACUGCAACUUUGAAGGAGCCCAGCUGCAGGUCCGCGGCCCCGGGACGUGCCAGGCUCGUUUUUGCUCCUUCUCCCAGGGCAGCUCUGCCCACCUGCUUGGCGUGGUGCUCAGUUUGAUGGACAGCUGUGAUUUCUCGGGUAGCGACACCGCUUCAGUGACGGUGGAGGGUCCUCCGGCAUCGGAAAGAAACUGGGCCUGCAAGCACUUGGCUGCUUUGGCUAGAACGUUCCCGCCUAAGGCUGACGGCACCUCCAGGAUUCCUGAAGGAAGUUCCAUUGCUGAGGCUGAUGGUAAUUUUAAAAGGGACAACGUUAACAUGGAGGACUGGAGGAGACGGACAGGUGGAGAUGCAGCAUGUCGGGGCACAGUUAUAGAAGAUGGCUGGAGUGACGGUGAGCGAAGCGAUGGAGAGCAGGAGAGCCAAGAGGGAAUUAAAACCACCAAGAAGUUCUGUCGACUGGAUUACAAAAUCCCUUAUGACCACCAUGGGCUGUCCCAUUUACUGAAGACACGGGCGGAUGGCUCUCUGCCACUAGCCUGCUCCCCUGACCCCCCAUCUGUAACGCCUGAACCCCUCAACCUUCAGCAGGAGCUAGACAGAGACCCCGAGGCCCAGAUGUUGGCAUCAUCGAUCCUCGGCUGCAUCAUCAGGCGCUGCCUGUUCAGGGACGGGAAGGGGGGUGUUCACCUGUCAAACUAUGGACAGGCUCGGCUGGAAGAAAACGUGUUCCGCGGCCUGAACUAUGCCGUCCGCUGCAUCCAGCAUUCCACAAUUGUGAUGCUAAGAAAUGAGGUGUGCGAGUGCCGUGCUUCGGGUGUGUUCCUGCGCCUUUCUGCUCAGGGCCUCAUAGCAGAAAACAACAUCCACUCCAACGGAGAGGCUGGACUGGACAUCCGGAAAGGGGCAAACCCCAUCAUCCUGUGCAAUAAGAUCCACAGCGGUUUGCGCUCUGGGGUUGUUGUCCUUGGCAAUGGGAAAGGUUCAGUGAGGAGCAACCUGAUCUAUAACAACAAAGAAGCUGGUGUGUACAUUCUCUUCAGCGGGAACCCAGUGGUGAGUGGGAAUCGCAUCUUCCAGGGCCAGGCAGCAGGAAUUGCCAUCAACGAGAAUGGCAGAGGGCUGAUAACAGAAAAUGUGAUAAGAGAGAACCAGUGGGGAGGGGUGGACAUCAGAAGAGGAGGGGACCCAAUACUGAGGAACAACUUUAUCUGUUAUGGUUACUCUGAUGGAGUGGUGGUGGGAGAGAGAGGACGAGGACUUAUUGAGGGAAACCAUGUCUACUGUAACAAAGGCUGCGGCAUGUGGGUUAUGUCAUCCAGCCUCCCACAGCUCUUGGGGAAUUACAUUGUUCAUAACUGUAUGUACGGACUGGCGGUGUUCUGCAGGAAAGAUCCGGACAACAUUGAAGCCAGGGAGGGGAACUGGCCCAUUCAGGAGGGGGUUGGUGGAGAUAUAGGCAAUGGGGAAAGGAGGGGAGUGGAAGGAGAAGCCAGGGAAGGACAGGAGAACUUCAAUGAAGAAGGGGAAUUGUUUGCUUGGGAGAGCGAUCUAGACAGCGAGGAUGAGAGACACUCUGCUCGGCGUUCUGUCAGCGUGGCGCUGAUGGAGGGCAACUGUGUGAGCUACAAUGGAGCGGUCGGCCUGUAUGUGAAGAGCAGCGAGGCCCUGAAUGUUUUUGCCAACCUUAUGAACAGGAACUGCGGCCCAGGCGUCGCCGUGCUGCAGAGCACUCAGCUGACCCGCCUCGUUACUAACUGCAUCGUGGAAAACGGCCGGGGCGGUGUUACAGUGGAAAAGGACUGCAGAGUUGAGCUCCGCGGUAAUGGCAUCUAUGAAAACAGGGGCCACGGUGUCAGGUUCAGUGGCAGUGGGCAGAUUGUGGAGAAUGAUGUGGUUGGUAACUGCGGUUACGGCAUCCAGGUCUCUGCAAGCACUGAUAUCAAGGUGGUUCGUAACCGUGUCCAACCAGCCCAGGGCUGUGGUAUUGCUCUGCUGGGCCCAGUGAAAGGUGUCGUCCACGACAAUAUCCUGUUCCAGGGUCACCCAGAAAACAAGAAACCACUCCUACACACGGAUGCUGGAAAUGAAAGCUGCAUGUUGCGUAACAACAGUAUUCUAAGGCAUAAUGACAGUGGUUCCCCACCCUGUGUGCUGGAAAACCCUCCUCCUCGCCCUCUGGCCAGCUCCCCUGCAGGCCUCUCGUCCUCCCAGUAUCCCUCCCGGCUUGGCAUUUCAAUGACCACCAGGGUCGGGGCUGCUGUAGAGAGCGGCUGUCACAACGGCAGCAUGUUCUGCUCCAUCCUGUGAAUUACUGGACAAACACUCGAGGGGGGGAUGAUGUUGCUUUCACUUCAGCAACUGAUCAAAACAAAGUACUGACUUUUUUUGUCAGGUGAAGUUUAUCA